AUGAACACCCGCGCGUGCAACUUACUUGCAUUAUUGGCAUCCCUGCUCUCCAUGACCUCUCCCGGGUAUAACCUAACCCCAGCGCAUUCGAUGCACACGGAACAGACACAAUGGGAAAGGGAACAAAACAACAGCGGGUGCAACAACCAAGUGUUACUAAAAAUAAUCAAAAACGAAAUAAGCUUCGAACAACUACCUUCCAAUAGUCUACUCAUGACAUCAAAGAUAUACAACAUAAAUGAACUCUUCGUGAACUUUUUGGAAGAUAAAAAAUUGAGCAAAAUUGUAAAGGCCUGUGGGGACUACAUUUAUUUGAAGAACCUUCAGAUGGUUAUCUUUACCAUCAAGGAAAAUGUGAACAGGGAUUUUUUGCGAAUUUUUUUCCGUGUCCUUAUAAAUAGUGACGUUUACAUGCGCAAAGAGAGCAGUGACCAGUAA